CCGGUCGGGCUCUGCCAGAACGCCGGGGGCAAGACCCUUGCCAGGGGCCUGGCUGGUGCAGCAUGGAGCACUCAAGCAAGAUGGAGUUUUUCCAGAAGCUAGGCUACGACCGGGAGGAUGUGAUCAGGGUGCUGGGCAAGCUGGGCGAGGGCGCCCUAGUCAACGACGUGCUGCAGGAGCUGAUCCAGACUGGCAGCCGCCCUGGGGCCCACCAGGGCAAUGCUGCACCCCAGCUGGUUCCCAGGGGCUCCUGUGGGACCCUGGACUCCGCCCAGCAUGGACGGGGGGCUGACCCUGAGGAGGAAUGUGGAGACCCGGCCAGUUCCUUGCGACCCAUUGUGAUCGACGGCAGCAACGUGGCAAUGAGCCACGGAAAUAAAGAAGCCUUCUCCUGCCGGGGAAUCCAGCUGGCUGUGGACUGGUUCCGGGAAAGAGGGCACACCUACAUCAAAGUUUUUGUCCCCUCCUGGAGGAAAGACCCACCGAGAGCUGAUACCCCUAUUCGAGAGCAGCACGUGCUGGAGGAGCUGGAGCGGCAGGCGGUGCUGGUGUACACCCCGUCCCGCAAGGUGAACGGCAAGCGCGUGGUCUGCUACGAUGACCGCUACAUCGUGAAGGUGGCCUACGAGUGGGAUGGCAUCAUCGUCUCCAACGACAACUACCGCGACCUGCAAAGUGAGAACCCCGAGUGGAAGUGGUUCAUUGAGCAGAGGCUGCUCAUGUUCUCUUUCGUCAACGACCGGUUCAUGCCUCCUGACGACCCCCUGGGCCGCCGGGGACCCACCCUGAGCAACUUCCUGAGCAGGAAGCCAAAGCCCCCAGAGCCAUCCUGGCAGCACUGCCCAUAUGGCAAGAAAUGCACCUACGGCAUCAAGUGCAAGUUCUACCACCCGGAGCGGCCGCACCAGGCGCAGCUGGCGGUGGCCGACGAGCUCCGCGCGCAGACGCGCACCUGGCGGAGCGCGGGCGCCGACGAGGAGCGAAUCUGGCUGUUUCGAGGCACAGAGCCUCCUCCCCUGCAGUGCGGGGACCUGGCCGGCUGGCCUUUCGCCCUGUCCCUUUCCCGGGGCCAUGCCCUCCUGGCUGGAAUCCUUGCUGACAGCCAGCGGCCCCCCAGCCUGGGGCACAGCUCAGGGGUCAGCCGCCCCUGA